CGGCUCAUCCCCUCCUUGGAGGACAAAAGUAGAUGCACUUAGAUGUGAGUCUUACCAUUCCACCACAUUCUCUGACGGCUUUCCCUUCCAGAGGCUGAUCCCACCCUAGCAUCCAAGAUGUCUUACUACUAUGCCAAGCCAUACUCUCCAAAACCUGUGAAAACUACAAAGGUCACUUUGCUGGCAGACAACAGCGCGACCGGGACGGAGUGGAAGGCAGUGGAGUCUCUCCAAGACGACUGCAAGGCUGGUGUAUCACUGAGUUCCCCUAUGAAUGCUGAGGCGAGAAGCCCCGUGGACUGUCUUGCUGACACUCUCCUGCCGAAAUCAAUAACGUCUUAUUCACCAUUCAACAGGACAAUCUACGAAAAAAACCUCUGCACCUACUGCCGUAAGCCUUUGAGUCAGGAGCCCAGGAUGGUCCUGGAUGAUGUGGAGAUCAGCUGUCAUGCCUCUUGCUUUAAGUGUGACCUGUGCAAUGGCUCUCUGGGGCACCUAAAGGCUGGGGACAACAUGUGGGUGCAUCGUCACAUGGUGUACUGUGGGCACUGCUUCAGCAUAACCAGGGAACAAUGGCACAGUUCAAAUUAAUGAAGCAGAUGAAAAUAAGGACGAAGACAGACAGCCGCAGGACAUAUGUGUACGAACAACCACAAAGACCCAACCUUUUAUUUCUCAGUUAUUUUACAGGAAUUACCUCAUCUUACCAUCAGAUUCAUACCCCUUUAUGGACCUCUGUCUCUACCAAAGUACAAGUCGUUUACUAUAGUCUGACAUAUACAUGCAUUUAUAGCAAACUGAAUUAAGAAGCAUAUAUUAACCUAAAGCCUAUCAUUAACAUUUAAUUUUUUUUUCUUUUUAGUAACGCUCAACCAAUUCUUUGUGCAAAUAAUUUUGUUCCAUUCUGUCUUAUAACCUUAACAUAUAUUAUGAAGACUAUGCUAUGUUAAGUUAUGCUGUAAUGAAAACAGACUUCAAUUACAGGACCAGUUUAAAAGAAAAAUACUGAAUAACAUAUCUAAUAGUGGUGGCUUCUUGAGUUUUCAUUCAUAUGUACAGUAAGGACAGACGGCAGUACGCAAUAAAAUGUGGAAGGGGAGCAAA